CAGGAGCUCAGAAGCAUGUCGGGGAAGCCCAGGCUUACCUACUGUAAUGGAAGGGGGCGAAUGGAGCCCGUACGAUGGCUGUUGGCUGCAGCCGGUGUGGAGUUUGAAGAAAUCUUUUUGGAAACAAGAGAGCAGUAUGAAAAGUUAAUCAAAGAUGGAGUCCUGAUGUUCCAGCAAGUGCCCCUGGUUGAGAUCGAUGGGAUGAAGAUGGUGCAGACGAGAGCCAUCCUCAGCUACAUAGCAGGGAAAUACAAUCUCUAUGGGAAAGACUUGAAGGAGAGAGCCCUGAUUGACAUGUAUGUGGAAGGAAUAACAGAUCUGAUGCAAAUGAUUUUGAUGUUUCCUUUCUCUCCACCUGAGGCAAAGGAGAAAAAUCUUGACUCAAUUAAGGAGAGGGCAACUAACAGAUACUUCCCAGUCUUUGAGAAGGUUUUGAAACAACAUGGCCAAGACUUUCUCGUGGGCAACAAAUUCAGCUGGGCAGAUGUUCAGCUAAUUGAAGCCAUUUUAGCAGUGGAGGAGAAAAUACCUGCUGUGCUGUCAGGGUUUCCUCAGUUGCAGGCUUUUAAAAUAAGAAUGAGCAACAUGCCUACAAUUAAGAAGUUCCUGCAGCCUGGCAGCCCAAGGAAACCCCCACCAGAUGAAUAUUAUGUAGAAACUGUGUUGAAGAUUUUUAAGAGAUGA